AUCAAACGCAUAUCGAUGCCACAGUUCAAUUCAAAGCACAAACAAGUGCUUAACGCUUUUAAGAAGCAGUUAAAAGUGACAACUGCUUCGAGCAGGAAGCGCAAAAUAAUGGUUUCCGUUAUUUUGGUGCUUGCCUUGGUCGCAAUUUUACUUGUCGGAAAUAUCACGGCAUGGAGCCUUAUCGAAGCUGAGAAUUACUUUGAAACCCCAAAAGCGAAUCGGAUUCAUCUGGACAUUCUGCCCGAGUAUAAAAUCGAAAAACACACUUUUCAAACUUCUGUGGGAUCAGCCAACGGUACCAGGGAAGAAACUCUUCUCUAUAGAAUUCCUGGGGGGCCGAAAUCCCCGCCUGAGAAUGGAAAGCAACCCAUGUACAUUCAGCAUGGGGUUCUAUGUGAUGCUGAUCACUGUGCCGUUAAUCAACCCCUGAUAGCGGUUGCGUACAUCUUGGUGGAUCAAAACUACGAUGUUUGGCUGGGCGAAAGCAAUACGACUAUUACCGGAAAUACUGUAUUAUCAGAGAAAUUGGAGACGGAACGUUUAGGAUCUGUUGCGGAUUACGUUUUGGAGCAAACGGAACAAGAGGAAAUUUCCGUCCUCGGAAAUUUCAAUAACACAAUCAAAAUAUUCGGAAUAACACGAAGUUACGACAAGAAGCCCGAGGAGAAUUCAAAAACUUCAAAUUGGUUCGAUAAAAUCCCCGGAGUCCAAACAGCGAAGAAAUGGUACCAGAAGGGUCGAAAUUAUUUGACAAACACCUACGAUAAAAUAAUCGGGGGAAUCGACUACCUUGGCAGGAAGCUGGACUACAUUGCCGACGAUUUGCGAAUUCGUGAAAUAACGGACAAAGUUCUCAACGCCUGGGGCAUCAAGCCAAGCAUGAUAGCACGCACUUUCAAGAUCGAAGAUUUUUCACGAAUGAUUGAUCAUCCCGACGUUCAUCUGUCAACGCCUGAGCUGAUCGAGAAGUACGGUUACCACUCAGAAACCCAUGAGGUGAAAACCGAGGACGGAUAUAUUCUGACUGUGCACCGUAUCACUGGAGGACCUAAACACCCUCCAGGUCCAGGAAAGCCGGUGGUGAUUCUUCAGCAUGGUAUCUUGUCAAGCUCUGCCGAUUGGAUAAUCAUGGGCCCAUCAAAGUCGCUGGGCUACAUUUUAUCUGACCUCGGCUACGACGUGUGGCUGGGUAAUUCCCGUGGAAACACAUACUCCAAAGCACACGAAAAAAUCUCACCCUCGGAUUCCAAGUUCUGGGAAUUUUCAUGGCAUGAAAUGGGCAUGUACGAUAUGCCGGCAGUUAUAGACCACGUUCUAGGAGUGACGAAGAAGGACGUCCUUUCCUACAUCGGUCACUCGCAGGGAGGCAGUCAGCUCCUAGUCAUGCUGUCAGAGAAGCCUGAGUACAAUUCCAAGAUAUCCUUCGCUGCUACUUUUGCACCAAUCGCCUACGUUGGUAACAUGCGAAGCCCAAUAGUGAGACCUUUCGCCCGAAUCAGCACUCCGCUUUACUACUUCCUACGACUGUUUGGCAUCACCAGCUUUCUGCCAACAAAUACAUUCCUCACGGAGAUCGGACGCGACGUAUGCGAGGCCAAGUCAAUUCUGCAGGUCGUUUGCAGUAACACUUUGUUUCUGGCGACUGGAUACGAUAUGAGUCAAGUGAACUCGACAAUGAUUCCAGUCAUUUUGGGCCACGUACCAGCAGGAGCCUCGACAAAGCAGUUUGUACACUUUGGUCAGCUGUACAAUUCUAAAAAGUUUCGCCAGUUCGACUAUUCGGUAUCCUUCAUUAACAAACAAAAGUAUAAUCAGGCUGAACCACCCGAGUACAAUUUACAGAACGUUCGGAUUCCAAUAGCCAUUUUUUAUGGAUCAAACGAUCUACUGGCGGAUUACAAGGACGUGGAGCGAUUAGUCAGUGAACUUCCAAACGUUGUAUUGAAGCACAAGGUGUCUCUGGAGAUGUUCAACCACAUUGAUUUCCUCUACGGUGUCGACGCACCCAACGUCGUCUAUCAACACGUCAUCAAAUAUUUAGACAUGAGUAAAAAGCUGGGAAACUCGAGGUCCCGUCAAUAGAAUAGGAAUAAAUGACAUUCAUUCAUGAAUAAACACGUAAAUACAACCGUUGACAAAAACAAGGAACUGUGUCCACAUGACAUAUCUUCUUACGCGGUGUUCGACACACAUGAUAUA